ACGUUUCCCGAAACAGUCUGUGGCCGUUCUAUCAAGAGAUUUACAUCUGAAGACAUCAACAGCAGGGUCAAAAUGAAGACUCUGUUUAUCAUCUGGGUUUUGUUCCCAUGUUUUCACUUGGGGUCUCUUAAUACUAUGCAAAUAUUGGUCACAAAGAACCCGAUGACGUGGGAAACGGCGGACGAGGUUUGCCCGGUGGAAUUCAAAGGUUCUGGGUACAGACAUCUUGCAGCGGACAUAAUCGAGGGACCAUUCAACCUUCUUAACGUUAACAACUAUGGUAGUGUUUGGUUGGACAGCAAAGCAUAUGAUCUAGGAUGUAGAGGCGAUAGAUGUUCGUUUAUUGUGAUAAGACAUCGACGGUUAAUCAGCUUUGACUUCAAACAUCUAUGUCAUACUGAGAAUGAUUCAGUCGUAAUCAAAAAGUAUUGCCCACAGUCCAGCAUCGUCAACAUCACAUCACCAUACAUAGUAGAACGUUUACGAAAAAACUUGACAAGAUUUGCAUCUGGCGAAGAAUUCAUCAUCAGUAAUGUCAAAUUUAGGGGUUACAGUGAUUUCAAGUGUGAAAUGGCCAGAAAGCGAGGAAAUGAAUUCCGAAAGAUGUUCACGGAAUGCAACGAAUUCCAUUGUGCCCUUUGUGAACAUUAUACAACCGAUUCUGUCAUGGUCACCACCAUAGAAUACAAAGAGGACAAUAGGGAAUAUACAUCAGUCUUUGUCCCACACCCUGCAAAUCCCGGGGGCAUGUACCCCAUGAAAGAUAGCAAUGAAAGUGACACUGAAUCGCUGGGAGUGACAGGGAUUGUGAUGAUAUGUCUAUCAGCCGCUGUUGUCGUCAUGGCCCUGUCUUUUUGCAUAGGCUUAUUUAUCUACUGCAGAAGAAAGAAGAUGACCCUCAGCAGUGUCUAUGAUACCAUUUUCAUGCGUUCACGUGGUAGAAAUCCUUACACCCUCCGUGUACCAAAUGACCCGACCUCACCAAUAUCUGAACGACCGAACCUACUGCCACCACGGGCAGACCUGCCGUCUGCUCCGCCCGUCAGACACCAGUUUAUACGAGCUCCUGCUGUCAGACAUCAGCCACUGCAGCAAGCGCCCCCUAUGGCCAGGGUCGACAGUAUGCAGACUCUUGCGUCCUCUUCAUCUUUUGGUUCCGGUGGGACGUCCUCUUCGUAUGUAGACGAUGUUCGUUAUUAUCGAAAUUUCUCCUACGAGACACAACCUAGUGUGGCUCCUUCUCAAGCUCCCAGGAUUGAUAUUCAACCAAGUACGCCUUCAGCGUCCGAGAGAAGUUACUGUUCGUCUUGCAGACGAAAUAGAAGGAAGCGGGAUUUUCUGAGAACGUCAUCAAAUUGCACGAGUUGUGUUUCGCAAAGCUCGUUAUACACGCAAGUCGCGAGACCUGCACAGAGGAACCUUUCCCAGGACACCAACGAUACAAAUUCACUUCGAUCGCAAAGAACAUCAAGAGACACUAACGAUACGAACUCUAUAAAAUCGCACAGAUCCCAUCGUUCGGGGCGUAACCAUAGUAGGGGCGUCUCGUCGAAGAUUUCCCGCCUUAAGUCACAAGCGGACUAUUUAAAUACGGAACAGAUAGCUACGCCACGAUCAUCAGUUGGUUCGCAACAUGACGUCACAGAUCCAAACCCUGUCACAAGGAGACAUAAAUUAGUUGAUCGUUUGGGUUCUUCAAGUGGAUUCAGACUGGUAAAAAGAAUGUUUUCCAUUGAUCUAAAAUAGUCAGAGAUUUAUAGGAUGCGAUGGAAUUUUUCCAGUGGUACAUCUCACGGAGUACUAGAUUUACCCGGUGAAAGCUCGUUGUAACUGGUGAUCGCAAAUGCUAUGUUAUAAAGUGAUCACAACGGUUUAAUGAAAUCCUAAGGCAAUCAUUCAAGUUGUAGAAUGACUGUUAUGGAGUAAGUGUGUUGUUUUGAUCAUUAGUAGAAUAGUAGUGCAGAAUGAGAUAGGCUACACAGAGCUGUAAGGAGAAUUAGAUCGAGUGUUCGAUUAGUAAUUCUUAAGGCUGUGAUAAAAAGUGGUCUUCAAUCUUGUAGUAGUAUGAUGACCAUCAUAAUGAUAAUUAGAUUGAGUAUAUAUAUUUAUAUAUUUAGAUUAUAAGUAUGAAUACAUUUAUACUAAAUGUGAACUCUUUAAAUGGCUUAUAAUCUAUACCCUGAUCUUUAUAAUAAUAAUAUAUAAUAUAAUAAUAAUAAUAAUGAUCUUUAUACCUUAAAAGGAGUAGGGUCACGAUUAGAACCAAUGAAUGUUCAAAUUCUAUUUUAAUGUUUCAAGUGCUAAGUUGGGUAUGAUAUCUCGAACUCAAUAAUUGAAAGUUGGUUGUCAAGUUGCUGGCAAGAUUUAGAACUCGCAAUUCCUUGUAAGGUAAAGAAAGCUUGUAUCAUGUUUUCAAUACAGAUCGAUGAAUAGAAAAUACCAUACAUGUAUUUGAAAAAAAAAACAGGAUUUGAC